AGAGCGCAAAGGAGAUAAAAAGAGGAGGCAAGAUACUUUCCAGCCCCGGCUUUAUUUCCUUUUAUUCUUUAAAAAAAAAAAAAGUUUGUGUGUUUUGGAAACAAGCCUGGUGUUUGCCAGUGAGCUGGGAUGAAGACCCAAGGAGUGGGAUCCUACACUUUGUAAACAGAUGGCCAUGCGUGUUGCGAUGCGGCCUCGCAGUGGUUGCCUGGUGCUAUGUCUGUGCCUGUCUGUGGUCACCCUGCUGAUGCAGAGCCUCUGGGUGCCGCUCGAGGGGACCAGGGAUGAACCCGCUGGCAGAUCACCAGAGGAGCAGGGCCAGCGUGGUCUUGGCUUCCGCAGGCUGUCUCUUCGCUUUGAGGCUUUGAGUACUCAGGUAGAGAGGCUCAGCAGGGACAGAGAUGUCUCCCAGCUCACCAGAAACGACCUGAGUUUGCUACUAAAGAGCUUCAGACAGGAUCAGCAGAGCUUGGCCCACUUGGUGGAAAGGGAGAUGAAGAGAGUGUCCCAGAGGCUUGAUCAGCUCAGCAGUCACAGCCAUCACCGCGAGGCUACGCCAACGCCACAUGCUGACCGCGGACCACUCAUGGGGUCCAGUGAAAAGUGCGACGUGCCAGUAGAUCCGGCAUAUCCAGUGUGUGCGGAAAAGGUGGAGUUCCUGCGCGCCCGCUGGCAAUCAGACCCCUGCUACGCUUUUUACGGAGUGGAUGGUACCACUUGCUCCAUUUUGACUUACCUCAGUCAAAUAGAGGACUUUUGUCCCCCUCCUCUUGGAAGGAACCACUCUGUGCUGCCAUGGCAUCAGAAACCUCAUGCCUAUACAGAGAAGGCUGAGGUACGUAGAACUCUGAGCUCACUGUACGAGGCGAUCAGCAACAGCAGCAGCCCGGCCAUUAAGUUCAUCCGGUCCAGAGUGGAAAGAAUGUCUGAACGAUGGAUACAGGCUGGUCUAAGGAUGAGGCAGAGCAGCAACAUGACGGUCUCAGGCCAGAUGAGGGUGCUGCUUUACCCCGGUGCCCUCGCUGGGAGUGUUGGCCAGCGUUUUGAAGCCAUGGUGGAGAGAGGUGGUCCUUUGGGAGAGCUGGUGCAGUGGGCCGACCUCAGUGCCUGUCUGACCAUCCUGGGUCACAACCUGACCUUCAGCACCUCACAGAGCCAGCUCCACAGCUUCAUAGGCGCGGCUCCAGGUCGGGGCAGUUGUCCAAUCCAAAGGCCCCUCACCUUUGACCUCAUCUAUACCGACUACCAUGGCCUUGCUCACCUCCAAGGAGCCAUGGGACUGGCUUUCCAGCAUUACCAGUGUCGCUUCAGAAUCUUGGAUUCAUUCGGCACAGAGCCAGCCUUUAAUUUGGCGAGUUAUGCACGUGACCACGGAUACAAAACGCUGUGGGGCAGCUGGGGUCUCCAACCUCUGCAGUACAUGACCAUGUUCCCUCAUACUCCUGAUAAUUCCUUCCUGGGCUUUGCGAGUGAAGAGGCAGUGAGAGAGGAUGAGCCGGAGACCAGGAGAGACAGGAUAGCAGUAGUCUAUGGAAAACAGGACUACAUGUGGCAGGGUAAAUCUGAAUAUGUGGAGGUGGUCAGUGAGGAACUGGAGACUCACGCCACGGUCUACCAACGUCCGGGACACAUCUCAAAUCUACCCAGAUUCGUCAGAAACCACGGGCUGCUGAGUCAGGAGCACUUUGUGCGUCUUCUCCGUAGAACCAAGGUGUUUGUAGGCCUCGGGUUCCCCUAUGAGGGUCCGGCUCCUGUCGAGGCGAUAGCUCUGGGCUGCGUCUUCAUCCAGCCUCGGUUUGAUCCUCCACACUCAUCUGACAAUAAUGACUUCUACAAGGGCAAGCCCACCACAAGACAGAUCUCCUCCCAACACCCUUACGCCGAAGAAUUCAUCGGUAAACCCUAUGUGUGGACUGUGGAUGUGACCAACAGGACUGAUAUACGAGAGGCAGUCAAAGCUAUUCUGAGCACUGAGGUGAAGCCUUUCACUCCUCAAGAGUUCACUUGUGCAGGAAUGUUGGAGCGGGUUCAUGGUUACAUCACUCACCAGAAUUUCUGCAAUAAAUCUGCCUCAACAUGGCCACCAGAAAGCGCUCUCACGGUGCUCCUGGGUCCGCUGGGUCAGUCAUGUGUAAGUGCGUGUCGACGGUCCUCCCUCUUGUGUGAGCCCGCUCUGUUUCACCGCCUCAACACCCCUGACACAUUUACCAGGCUUGGACUUGGUUGCUCUAGCACGGCACAAGAAGCCAACCACCUGUUUCCUUCUUAUAGCCCAUGGGGCCGUCACUGUCGCCUUCAGCAAAACCCUCUGCUGUUCAGCUGUGCCGGCUUUGACCCUUCAUACCGUAGACUGUGUCCCUGCAGAGCUCACCUACCUGGAUAGCUGGCACUGUGCCCUGAUUGCUUCUAAGCAACGCGGUGAAAGGACUCAGGAAAAAGCAGGGAGACGAGAGGAAAGGAGCCAUCCGCAACGCAUCCUCUGCAGAUGCACGAGGCUGUCCCACCAAAACCACUGAAAUCCAUGUCGUCUCGUUCGUGGUCAUAUUUUAUUUCUAUUUACACAAAGAAAUGAGAAAAUCUGGAAGGAAUUACUGAAAAAUUAACAACGCAGUCAACGCCCCUUUCAUUUAGUUAAGUAUUUAGUUGGUAGAUUUGUCUAGUGCUGUUGUUUGGACAAUGGUUUUUAUGUUUUAUUUUUUAAUGGCGCUCAUUACUCAGGAAGCAACGAUGAAUGAUUGUCAGCUCAAAAGCACUUGAAACGUUGAAGGGUGAUGAAUUCAAGGCCUCGCGUUUCAUUAAGCCAAAUAAAAUCCCUCUUGUUUCUGUA